AUUUAGUCUUUCACGGAUGCCGUAGCUAGUUUUAUUAUUCAAAAUGGCAGCGUCCUUGAAGAUGCUCGGUACGUCAGCGUUAAGACACUGCGUGCGGUCGUUUACAUCUACGCAUGCGACAUGUGCCGGGAAGAAGUGGAGACUGGAGAACGGAUUAUCGUGGACUGGAUCAGAAUACGGUCCAAUGACUGAUCUACCUGACUGGUCCUAUGCAGAUGGCAGACCUGCACCCCUGUUAAAAGGACAAGUCCGAAGGAGGAAACAGAGGGAGGUCUUUGCGCGGAGAGCGGUGUAUCUGAGUGCAGAGGUGGACCAGGGAAUAGACACAUGGAUGAUGAAAAAGAAGGUCAAAGAAAGAGCAAAAGAACAGUUAAAAUCUUCUAUGCUUAAACCUAAAGGAAAUCUGUUAAUACAGAAAAAAGAAUAAAAGACGCUUUAAAAAGGAAAGUUGUACGGUUUUAUUCCUAUUUACCUACGUGUCUGUUGUCAGAUGCCACAUAAUGCUAAUGACCAACUGAACUGUCACAAAGCAAAUGAUCAAACGCAUCAAUGCUUUCAGAAACAUAUUACAGUUAGUCAUGUGUUUUAAUGAAUUUUUUGAUGAUAGCUGUGCGAGAGUUGUGUUUUUGAGAAACAAAUAUCCCCAAGUUGCCACAUUUAAAAAUUUACUCCCAACUGACUACUAAGCAGUACUCUAAUGGCAGAGGGUUCAUUGUUGUGAGAAUGAGAAUCAUUUGUGUCUCCGCUGGGUGUUAAUGAUGGAGUCUAAACCUUCACCUCCCCUUAGAAGGCUCUUUUACGAUGCUAGUGUUUCAAUGUUUAAAAAAAACUUUGAUAUGAAUAAUAAACCAGCGUUUACGCC